AUGUCGAAUGGGGAAAACAGGGGUUCAUCAAGCUUUCCUCCUGCAAAACGAGUCAAGAUGAUUAACAAUAUUAAGCCUGCUCCAUUGAUCUUUACUUCUACCAUAGCUGACUACAAGCUUCUGGUUCGUAGUCUCACGUGCAUUCUUCCAAGCUCAUCUGGUCAGACCAGUCUCCGUGUUCAGGCUCAGGCUCACGUUAGCAAUCAUCGAGCAAGCAGGCUAUAUGGCGCUCCUCUUCCUCCUCCGCGUAAUCGGUUCCGGGGAAGUCAAUGGAUGUCAUCGGCGACUUCACGGUCCUUUGCGAAUCCAUUCCCACCGUCUUCCUCAGCGGCUGGACCAUCCAACGCUCAGGCGUCUUCCUCAGCGGCUGGACCAUCCAACGCUCAGGCGUCUUCCUCUCGGCCUCCUUUACCACCGUUGUCGACUCAAGCACCACUUUCGGUUCCGACAUCUGUAUGGGGUCCAACAUCGGCACCGUUGGUUUCAGCAAGGUUGCUGACGUUACCACCUUCUUCUCCUCCUCCUCCUCCUCCUCCUCCUCCUCAAGAUCAAGGGUCGAUGGAACCUAGGCUGGCUGCACGUAUGCAGUCCUUUGAAAGGCUUCUGAACGAAGACGAUGAUCAUUAUUAUUUCCCUGCGUCGUCUGUAGCUGGAACCAGUGACGUGGCCGUUCCUCAGAAUGGUUUCAUGACGCCAACGUGGGAACAUAGCCUUAGUUCUCUAUUCGAGGACGUUGCACCACAGAACGGUUUAGGAUCCAGUAGUGUCCCACCUCCAGCGACUUCUCAGAACAAUCUGCCAUCGGGUAACGGACUACUACCGGCGAAUUUUCCGUCUGGGAGUCAAGAAGAAUGGGUUAAUUAUCAGAACAUUGUGUCAUCGGGUAACGCUGAUCCACCACCGGUUGCACCGGCAGGGGCGAAUCAUCCCGAGGAUCAACAAGGGAGAGAUGGUUUACUAGAAUAUACAACGAGUUUACCAAAUGAGAGUGAACUAGGUUGGCCUAAUCCUCAGAACGGUCUACAGCAAGGGACUACUGUUCCGGAGUAUGGUAGUUUGUCAAAUUAUACCUAUGAAGAAAUGGAGCAAUAUCUUCAACUAACAGCUUCUGGAAGUGUACUACCAUCAUGGGAACUGGAUUAA